AUGGCCGACCAAGAAGUGGUCAAAUUGGGUCCGAGGAAUGAUAGUGUGUUGUAUUUGCAAAAAGAUGGCCACCUUCGUCAAGCCGGAUUUUACGAAGCCGCCUUAGCUGGGUCUCUGAAACUUGACAAAGUUUUAAUAUCAGCUAUGGUGGAGCGAUGGAGGCCUGAGACACACACGUUCCAUAUGCCGUUCAGAGAGUGUACUACCACUCUGCAAGAUGUUGCUGUUCAUCUUGGCUUACCCAUUGAUCGGAAUCCUGUCACCGGAGUUACUUGGUGUGAUUGGUCUGAGCUUGUAGAGGACUUGCUCGGAGUGGUGCCACCCGCCAGUGCUAUCAAAGGAGGUGGCUUGAAGUUGGUUUGGCUAGGUGCGCAAUUUAAUUUUCAUAAUCUAGCCGGUGCCGACCCGAUACAAAUUAUGUAUGCUGCAAGAGCAUACAUCUUGCGACUAAUUGAUACUUUCUUAAAAUUCAAACGCACUGAAUGA